AUGGCAAUUCCUUUGGUGCCCCGCCCCAGAGGGGCGAGUAUCCCCCCUCCGCCCCCAAUUGUCCCUCCUCCACCACCCCGACUCGCUGCGCAAGCGUGCUCCGGGUCCGCAGCCGCGCGGGUGCUCCCGACGCCCCUGCGUUCCCUUGGCAACGCAGUACACAAGUGCUGGCCCGAGAGGCGUGUGCACGAUGUGCUUCAGCUUCAGCGAGGCGGAUCUUCAGAAUCGCUGAUUAAUUAUUCCUUUGGAACAUGUCAGCAGAGGAAAGUCUUUCCUUGCUACAAUCCCCCAGACUUAAUGGGGAACAAGUUUCUCCCUCUGAGGGGGGCACCCCACAGAGGACCUGGAUGUUACAUAACGGAAGACAAAUAUGGCUUGGCAUACAACCUCACGAAGAUCCCAACCAGUAAAAAAGGGUAUGCUUUUGGAGCGAGAACAAGCUUGAGGUUUCAACCAAUCAAGAAUAUAACACCUUACCCAGGCAGGUACCAGAAAAUACAGUCUCCGGAGGAAAAACACAAGCAAUCUUUUGCUCCAUUUAAUACCAUGUUGCCUCGAUGCAGGAAGUGCGAUUCAGAAAAGGACUUUUAUCCUGGCCCUGGCACAUACAACCCAGAAAUGAAGCCACCCCGAAAAAUUGCUUGGCCGAUGAAAUUUGGAUCUCCAGACUGGGCUCAGGUUCCAUGUCUACAGAAAAGGACCUUAAAAGCCGAGCUGUCCACAGACAAAGACUUUAGAAAGCAUCGGAAUCGUGUGGCCUACCUAAGUCUGUAUUACGACUGAGAAGCGGUGACUACAUUCACAGGCAUCCUUCUGACUACAGAAUUUCCAGGAUUGAGGACGGAGCCACUCUUCUCUCUCUGUAUCACUGUGGUCCUCUUAUCUGCCGGCAUGGGGCCCGGCGGAGGGGAAAGGGACUUAUAACUGCUGUAUAAGAGCAUUAAAACUAGCUUAGAGCGUUCUAUCUUCAUGUCCUCAUUUAUGGUGCAUAUAUAAGUAGAUUGGUUCCAGGGUUCAUGUUGGGUGUUCAGCAGGGUGACUUCAUCUGAGUGAAAUACUGGUAGGUCCUGCCCUCUAGGUCUGAUUCUAAGGCACCGAUUUUAUAAUUCUGCCUCUAGCUCUGUCAAGAGGAGGCUGAUGGCCUAUACUUAUCAAGAGUUUCACACUGCUGGUGGGAGUGUAAAAUGAUAGAAUCACCUUGAAAAAUGAUUUGGUACUUCCUUAAAAAGCUAGAAAUAGAAAUACCAUAUGAUCCAGCAAUCCCACUCCUAGGAGUAUUUCCUAGAGAAAUAACCCUCACACGAAUAGUCAUACGCACACCCAUGCUCACUGCAACAUUGUUCACAACAGCAAAAAG